AAGAAAGCAAGUGAUCUCCAAGCCUUCCUCAAAUAAAAAAUUUCUGUUAUACCACAAACACCAUAUCAUAUGUUUGUCUCAGCUUUAAAAUACUAUAAAGCUCCUUGUCAUUGAAAAGUCUCUUUGUCCAUUUUGUGCUGUCAUCCCCACAAGCUUCUUAGGAAAAUUUCAAGCUCCUCAAUCGACCGCUCCACUACCAUGGAAAACAGCAAGAGUCUUUGCAGUACUGCUGCCUUUUCUUCUAAACACAGCACAGAUGGAGAUAGCUGUGUACUUAAGCUUGCCAAGUUAGUUCAGCAUCCUCCUCCUGCCAUUACUUCAAGCCAAACUACUCCCUUUCCGGUAUGCUUAGGGAGAAACAAGGCAGAAGACGGUGAAAUCAGUGUCUUUGGCGCUGAAAGAUACUUCAACAUGAAACUGGAGAAUGACAGUCUAAGAACUAUUAUAGACAGUCAAGCAAAUAAGCAUGGGCUUAAGAAAGAUAACCGCAAUGAUCUUCACUACAGGAGGCCUAAGCCUAAGAGCAGGCCAGGAACUCCAAGCAUAAGUUCUGAUGCAAGUUGGAAUAGCCAAACCACUUUAUUGCAAAGUGCCCUCAGGAAACCAUCCCAAUAUAUGGACAAGAAGGUAAAUGAAAAGAUGCAUUUUUCUGGUUUCAUCUGCAGUUGGUCUUGUUCAGAUAAGAAGUCAAUUGAUAUUCACAAGAAUAAUAUUGAGCAUGAAGUGAAGCAGGGCAAAGAAGUCAGGAAAAAAGCAAUUCAGUUUGAUCUCAAUCCUGUCAUUUUGGACAGAAGAUUAAACCGGUUCCAACCACGAUUUCAGGCGAAAGAUGAGCUUCAUUGCACAAGUUUUGAAAGGUCAGAGAGAGAAAAGAAUGUUUCACUCCCUAUUUCAAGUUGUAGGGUGCAAAAUUUGACAGCUAAAUCACAGUUGGAAGUGGAGAAGAUCAUAAGAGAAGAACCACGAAUGUCGCUUGAGGUGUUUGGCUCCCAUAUGAUACAGAAGGAUGACAUUGCAAUGAACUUAGAGGGGAAACUCUCCAUGCUAACUUGGGAUGCUAUUCCAGAAGUCCAAGACUUUUCCACUAGUUCUGUCACUGGAGGAGUGCAUGAAGAUUUGGGGAGUGAUUCUAGUUCAGAUCUCUUUGAGAUAGAGAACCUAUCCUGCACUGAAAAGCCUUUGUUCACAAGGCAAGCAUCUGAUGGCAUGUCUAGCUGUAUGACCUCCACCACCAAGUAUGAACCAAGUGAGGCCAGCAUUGAGUGGAGUGUGGUCACAGCCAGUGCUGCUGAUUUCUCAGUUGUCAAUACAGGCUAUGAUGAAAAGAAACUGGAAGUAAAUACUAAGCUUUCUGGUGUAGCCAAAACCAAAUCCUUAGUGGACAAGGAUGUGCAAAAAUGUCGUCCAAGAGGACUACCGAGUUGUAAGAGUCAAAAAGCACUCAAUGUUGUUGAAACUGCAUAUAGGACUAAUGAGAAGGCAAAAUCUGAGUCAAUACAGCAUCAAAGGUUGGAUUCCUCUGUGUCAGUUGGGAAGCUACAGCAUGAGACUAAGGUGAAAGAUAUUUGAGUUCUCAUGAGUGCAACAGUACUAUUGUCUCAAGAAAUAUCUCCCCUUUUGCAAUUUGCAUGUGUAUCACUGUUUUAUGCUGUAGCGAAUAAGAAAACGAAAGGUGUUUUUUUUAGAGGAACACUGUUGAAACUUUUCUUGUAUAUUAUGAUUAUAUAGAAAUCAUGCAAUUAUGUUAGAUCUGAGAUAUACUCUUUAUGUACUAAUGUAUCCAUUUCAUAUGUACUCCACUCCACAUAUGAACCAAAUUUCUCUCUAGUGAUGAAACAAAGCACCUUGUCCAUA